AGUCGCAUGGUAAAUGGACCUGCCAAAUCUCAGCCCAUCCCAUUGUCGAAGAAUGUCUGCAAUGUGCAACAACACAUUACUCACGAAGAACACAAAAGGACAAAGAUCAAAGUGGGUCACGUGUGAAUACUUUUAUGAUGAUCCCGUAGACAGACUUUGACAUCCACAGGUGUUCUCACCCUGUUCGACGGGUAGGGGUAGACAUAUUUAUCUGGCUUCGCGUCGGUUAACGACAUUUACAUGCACAUGACACCACGUCUUUUCUAAAGGACCAUUGAGCUGACCUCCGCAUUUUGAACCUACUUGGUGAGACUCAGUGACGAUCCAGUGACAUCAAGAUGCCAGGUGCAAGAGUCUUUAUCGUGGCCUUCGCUGUGGGCUUUGCAGUUGCUGCCUGGUUGCUUGGAAACGUCAACUUACCUGAGAACUUGCCAUUGAUGUCGUUUGUUAUGAAAGAUGACGUAGCGGAUUUUUGCAGUCAGAGCCACAACGAUAGCGCUCCUGUGGCGGAAUGCAUCGAACGACAUUCCAACCUGCAAAGCGACUGUGACCACUUCUUCGUGGGCGAUGCCUGGCCAUCUAGCGGUUAUAUGAAGAACGACAAGGACGCCACCUUGCGGAUCUGCCAUACCCACGCUGGUGACAGCAAGCUUCUUUUCGCCACUGCCUACAAUGCUCACUACCGCAUCCCUGAGUACACGGCGUCCGCCAUCACACGGGACCCGGACUUACCGGAACAGGACAGGCCGUCAUCAAGCCUGUGGGACAGGGUCCAGCUGGGACUGUGCGGAAAGAAAGUCCAUGACACCAUCUAUGUCCGCUGUGAUGAAGUUGAGACCGACAGUUGGGGUGUGACCCGGAUGUCAGACAUCUGGAAGGUGUCCGGAACUCGCUGUCGUCUCAGCCCCAGCUUUGACGACCUGAAGGAGAGUCACUGUGGCGACUGCCAGGGGCUGGACAGCGACUACUCCGGCUGCGGAACCACCUUCAACCGGGGCCACAUCAACCCGAACUCCAUCAACAACAAAGAUGCAGACGUGCAGGACGGAACCUUCAGUAUGAUCAACGCAGCUCCGCAGGACGACGACUUUAACCAGUGCGUGUGGCAGCCGUACGAAUGCGCAGUUAGCAGGAAAGCAGAAGAAGUCUACACGAACGCUGUCGGAGCCGAAUCCAACAGCAAAACCCUCUACGUCAUCACGGGCACAAAGCUGGGCCGACAAACCACGUGGAUGAAAGGACGAGUGGCCAUUCCUGGGUACUACUGGAAGGCGCUGUGCUACCCUGGGGACAAGAGACGCGGGCUUCGUGCCUUCGGAGUCGGGUUCUACGGGCGGAACAUCGACUGUUCUAAAGUAACGUCACUUCCGCUGGACAAGUUCGAGGCCUGGCUAUACAAUGGAACGGAUGCACAUCUCUUCCCCAGGUCAGUGUGUGCCGGACCGGUAGAUAACUGGGACGGUCUGGAUGACUACGUGGCUGAGAUAGCUCACGACUGUAGGAAUGAGCACAUGCAGGAAACUUGUGAGAGCAAGAAGCGUAUAAAACGCUGCGGUACCAGUGGCUGAACUAGGAACCUGACUAACGCACUCGAUAGCAGGUCAACGAUCUUGUCCAGUUUCAAGUAAACGAAACAUAUUUACCAGUUCUGUUUUAGAAAUCAUUGUAACAAAUGUUUCUGUAUAUUAUAAUAUACUGAAUGUUUUCUUUUUAAUAUCAAGGAUUUCGUGAACGUUUUAGGAUAUCUUUGGGUUUGGAUUUGAGAGAUCAGCUUUUGUUACGUUGUAUUGCAUUAUAUUGUUUUGUAUAUUGCGUUUUUCAUGUCUUUCACGUUGAAUAUUCUCAAGUGAAUGCAUUGUAGCUGGAGUCAAAAUACACUAACCAUAACAAGAAUUAAUGAAGAAACAUUAUAAUUUUUGUUCUUAUGCCUAUGAUAUCAUAACUUUACCGUGUGUUUUUUCCACCAUACAUUAAUCGAAUUUCAAUAAUAUUGAAAAAAAUUAUAAGGAUAUUUGCAAAUCGUAGUUAUGUACACCUGCAAUUUUGGAUGUGUUUUCUUUGUGUGUUUUUGUCUAUUUAUCAUUAAAUUUGAGUAGUUCUGAUGAUAUGUUAUGAUGUGAUUUGUUUGAUGACACUUCUGUCGAGGAAUGUUUAGUGGUGAGUGUUGACAUUUAGGUUUAGGCUGCAAGAAUGCUGGUCUGACAUAGCAGUAGUUGUAAUGCUUUUAUUGAGAACACAACUUCAUAUGUCGCAGCAUAAAGGCUGAAUUGAUGUGGCGAUAUUACGAUGAUUGGCAAGUUUUGAUGGUAUUUACACAUUUGAGCAAACCAAUUCUUCAUCAACAUUAUUUUCAUUUUGAACAAUGAAUGAUGACAAAUAUUCUAUCUCGAUAAAGGAAAAAAUGAAACAUUCUAUGCAUAUCAAAAUCACAGUCUUAAUUGUAGAAUGUAUACAGCAUGGCGUAACAUACCCUGGUUUACAGAUCUAGACUAGAACCCCAAUUAAAACUGAUACUUAGCCUUGGUGCCGAUGUUUAUCACGACUGGUCUGCCAUCAUUCAUAUAUGCUAUCGUAGAUAACUUUUAGUGUCAUGGAAAUAUGUCUGGACCAUGCCAUAGUUGUCCUAUAACCGUUACUGUUUUAAUCAGUUAAUCAAGGACAAACUUUGACCUACGAAAUUCUACAAUAUCAACAGGACAACAGGAGAAUAGGACUUA